UCGUUUAUUGAGGGGAAAAUAGUGUAUGAGGAAUGAGAAUGAGGAUGAUGUUUACAUAAUUGUAUCAUUUUAUGAAAGAUUUAAAUUGCAAUUAAUUAAAUUAGUUAAAGCCAUGAAAGGAGAUGCUUUUCCCUGUGUGCCUUGAUGAUUUUAUUUUUUAUUUUUUCGAGAUUGUCUGCUCAAUUGUCACCGACUGCUGAUUAUGAAUUUCUGUUUGAAUUUGGAAUCCUCCAUGUUAAACGGACGAACAUACCUAAUUUAAACGAGUUGAAGCCCUAUCUAAGGUUAAGAAGAGGUUUUCCAGAAAUUACCGCAAUUUGAAGAGCCCACCUAUGUGGCUGCCUGCACGAUCCCAAUAUUUGUCACAUGGCAGUUUGGAUGAGGCUGAAAUUUUGUGGACGGGUAGACCCCAAGGUUCCUUGCUCACAACUUUGCUAAGUGGAAAGCUAGAGUUGAAAAAUUCAGGAGUUGAGAAAGUGCACAAUAAUGGGUACUGCUGCAUUCCUACCAAGAGGGUCCAGUAUUCCGAACAUCAAUGGGAAAUUGUGUGGCUAGGCAUUUCAAGGAUGAAAAUGAUGCAGAUCCUACAGUAAACUUUGCCAGUGGGAAUAUACAUCUUAUAACUACCAAAGAAAAGUGGGAUGAAAAGAUAUCAGAAGCAAAUAAUGAUAGCAAGUUUGUUGUGGUGAAUUUCAGUGCAUCAUGGUGUGGUCCUUGCAGAUUGAUUGCUCCAUUCUACAGUGAGCUCUCUGAGAAAUACCCUUCACUCAUGUUUCUAACUGUGGAUGUUGAUGAGCUAACUGAAUUCAGCUCUUCUUGGGAUAUCCGAGCCACGCCGACCUUUUUCGUCCUUAAAGAUGGGCAGCAGGUUGACAAGCUUGUGGGCGCCAACAAGCCAGAGCUACUGAAGAAGAUAAUCGAUAUUGCAGAUACGGUAGCACAAGUUUCAAAAUGAUUGUUGUCGAUGGUCCCACCUCGUGUUCAAGGGAGAGGGAAGUUUUGACUAUACUAAAGAGUAUUUAUAUGCUACACCUUCUGGUCUUGUAAAUGUUUUUCUUCUCUUUAUUAUUAUUAUCUUUUUUUGGGGGGGCUUGUAAAUCUUUUUCUUCUCUCCCCCUCCCCCCCCUCAAGUCUAAAGUAUGUAAAUCAAUUGAAUCAUUUCAUUACAUGAACCCUGAACUUUUUUUGAGAACCUGAGAUUGAAUUGAGAAAGUUAUUUUUUGCA